AUGGCUUCCACCUCCUUUGUUAGCUUACUGGUGGUCGUGGCAAUGGCCUCGGCGGCGUCGGCGCAGCUGUCGCCCACGUUUUACGACACGUCGUGCCCCGACGCCCUGUCCACCAUCAGGCGUGUCGUGACGGCCGCCGUGAGAAGCGAACCCCGCAUGGGGGCGUCGCUGGUCCGGCUGCAUUUUCACGACUGCUUUGUCGAUGGCUGUGAUGGGUCUGUUCUGUUGGCGGACACCGGGAGCUUCGUCGGCGAGCAGGGGGCAGCUCCGAACGCCGGUUCCAUUCGAGGCAUGAACGUCAUCGACAACGCCAAGACCCAGGUGGAGGCGGUGUGCAAGCAGACCGUCUCCUGCGCCGACAUCCUCGCCGUCGCAGCCCGUGACUCCGUCUUUGCGCUUGGAGGGCCCUCUUGGAUAGUUCCUCUGGGGAGGAGGGACUCUACCACCGCAAGCAAGACAAAUGCAGAAAACGACCUGCCUCCUCCUUCCUCCGAUCUCCAGGGCCUCACCACCAAGUUCAGCAACAAGGGCCUCAGCGUAACAGACAUGGUCGCUCUCUCAGGCGCCCACACGAUCGGGCAGUCGCAGUGCAAGAACUUCCGGGACAGGAUCUACAACGAUACCAACAUCGACACGGCCUUCGCGACGUCGCUCAAGGCAAACUGCCCGCAGCUCAUCGGCUCCGGCGACAGCAGCCUAGCGCCGCUGGACAGGACGAGUCCCAACGCGUUCGACAACGCCUACUACAGCAACCUCCUGUCCCAGAAGGGGCUCCUUCACUCCGACCAGGUGCUGUUCAACGGCGGCAGCACCGACAACACCGUCAGGAGCUUCGCGUCAAACCCGGCGGCGUUCGGGAGCGCCUUCGCCACGGCCAUGGUGAACAUGGGCAACAUCGCGCCGAAGACGGGGACGCAGGGCCAGAUCAGGCUCAGUUGCUCCAAGGUGAACUCGUAA